AAUAUAACUAGUAUUUUUUGAAAUUACGUUCUUGAUUUUAAAUUGUUUCUUUUAGAUUUUUUAAAUUCAGAAUUUUAGUAUUAUAUUUUUACUCACUUGUGGUUUCUAAAAUUCAAAUAAGCUUCAAUCUUGUUUUGACAAUUAUCUUGCACGCAUUUUUUUUCUGUGUUCCUUAAAUUUUAAAGUAACCUUAACUAUGGUGCUUCUCGGUGAUGUUUUUCCUAAUUUUACCGCAAACACUACAGAAGGCGAAAUAAAUUUCCACGAUUGGCUUGGUGAAUCGUGGGGUAUUUUGUUUUCGCAUCCAUCUGACUUUACACCUGUGUGUACAACGGAGCUCUCCAAAGUUAUAAGAUUGCUGCCUGAAUUUAAAAAACGCAAUGUUAAAACUAUUGGCUUAUCCUGUGAUUCUGUGACUUCCCACAUAGAUUGGUGCAAAGACAUAAAAUGUUAUGCCGGAUGCGAUGAAGAUGAAAAAUUCCCUUAUCCUAUAAUUGAUGACAAAGAUAGAAAUAUCGCUAUGAAGUUGGGUAUGCUGGAUAAAGAUGAACUGGAUACAUCUGGCAUGCCCCUCACUGCGAGGGCUGUAUUUAUUGUGGACUCGAACAAGAAAUUUCGACUGUCUUUAUUAUAUCCUGCUACAACUGGCAGAAAUUUUGAUGAGAUCUUGCGAGUGAUAGAUUCCUUGCAGCUAACCGACAAGGCGAAAGUAGCUACUCCUGCAGAUUGGAAGAUGGGUGAUGAUUGCAUGGUUCUACCUACUGUUCCCGAAGAUCAAGUAGCCGAGAUGUUCCCGCAGGGUAUCACAGUGGUUCGUUUACCUUCCGGCAAGAAUUAUCUUAGGAAGACUCCGUGUCCUAAAGUGGAAUAAAAAUGUAAUCAUUCCGUAAUUGAAUUGUUAAAAAUUUUAAGUUACUAACUGUUAAUGUGAUAAAUUGCUCUAUAUAUGGCCAAGUCCGCGCUUCUGUUAUUUAAAAAAUAAAUAAAUAAAUAAAACUCAA